AUGAUGAUGAAGAAUAAGAAGGGGAAGAAUAGAAGAAUGGGGAACGUGACUGAUGAUGCUGAUGCUGAUGAUGAUGACGACGACGACGACGACGAUGAUGAUGAUGAUGAUGAUGAUGAUGAUGAUGAUGAUGAUGAUGAUGAUGAUGAUGAUGAUGAUGAUGAUGAUGAUGAUGAUGAUGAUGAUGAUGAUGAUGAUGAUGAUGAGUAG